CAGCCUCGAAGGCCCACCUGUGGAGUGGGUCUGAGAUGCCCAGCCUGUGUUCUCGGUCAGCUUGUCUAUUGUUAUCAGAUGUGGGCUGGGCCCCGGCGUCAGUGACUUCAUCCCAUGGUGGCUGGAGUCUGGGAUAAGACUCAUGGUUGUCCCAAAGGUGCAGGCAAACUCCACCCCGGGGAGCUGUUGUGCGCGCAUUGCCGGGCUGCUGAUCCACUGACUGAGUGGUGCCGUGUACUUUUGUCACAAGAACCAUAACCAUAACGACAGCCACACCGCAUGGACCUAGCGUGUGCUUAGCUCUGGACAAGACAUGGAUGUAGGCAGACGUGCUUCCUGCCUGCUGCGCUUGGUGCACUAGUGCUAAGGACAGACAUGCAGGGCUUGGGAAAGGCAUGAAGACGCAUGGAGUCCAGGAGAGAGAGGAUAAGAAAAGCAAGCGUUUUUGUGCUGGGUUGAAUUGCGCUGUCGUUUUCAGAGGCGUUGCGGGAUCCACGGUUGCGCUCCCGCGAAGAGCGAGUCCGGAGAAGGAUUCGGAAGGUGGGUGAGAGUUGAGGGAAUCUGAAUUCCAUCAUUACGACUCGAAUGUCUGCAAUCAGCUCGCGGCUGCGUCGCCUGCUCGUGCCCCACAAACGCCAUGCAGCGCCGCGCCAAGUCGGAUGGAAGUGGGUUAGGGGAUUACAUAAGCCCUUGCGGGAGGGAAGAUGGUCUUUUAUGUGUGUUUCUUUUGCAGCGGCGGCGGCGAGCGCGGCUCAGGUUGAUGUAGAACACGGGUGACAGUGGCCUGGCGCGAGCCCACUGCUGACGACAGCGGCUCAGCCCGCGCGGUUUCCAUGGAGACGAGCCGGAGCCGCGGCGGCGGCGGGGCUGUCAGCGAGCGCGGCGGAGCUGGCGCGUCCGCGGGGGUCUGCAGGAGGAAGGCGGAGGCCGGGGCCGGGACCCUCGCGGCAGACAUGGACUUGCAUUGUGACUGUGCCGCCGAGACGCCGGCCGCCGAGCCGCCGUCGGGGAAGAUUAACAAAGCCGCCUUCAAAUUAUUCAAGAAAAGGAAAUCGGGUGGCACCAUGCCCAGCAUUUUUGGGGUCAAAAACAAAGGGGACGGGAAGAGCUCGGGUCCGACGGGGCUGGUGAGGAGCAGGACCCACGACGGACUGGCCGAGGUGCUGGUGCUGGAGAGCGGCAGGAAGGAGGAGCCGCGCGACGCGUCCAGGACGGGGGCCGUUCCGGUCAAGACGGUCCCCCUUGUCGACUCCGAAGGCGGCAGCGGCCGGGCACCCGCCGCCCCGGACCCUGCCUCUGUCGAUCCACCCUCAGACCCGUCGGCAGAUCGUAUUUGUUUGAUGUUUUCUGACGUGACUUCACUGAAAAGCUUUGACUCUCUUACAGGCUGUGGAGAUAUUAUUGCAGACCCAGAGGAAGAGGCAGGUGCCAGCUGUGACAAGCAUGCCCCCGGGCCAGGCAAGCCGCCUCUCUCUAAAAAGAACCCCGGCGUGGUGGCCUACCAGGGAGGCGGGGAAGAGAUGGCCAGCCCGGACGAGGUGGACGACAGCUACCUGCAGGAGUUCUGGGACAUGCUGUCCCAGACCGAGGAGCGGGCACCCGGGCCCCAGGAGGGCGCGGCCAAGGUGGCAGCUGCGCUGGAAGCCAAGGUGGCGCCCGAAACCCCCAAAGACACCAGGUGUGUGGAAGCGGCCAAGGACGCGUCCUCGGUCAAGCGCAGGAGGCUCAACCGGAUUCCCAUCGAGCCCCAUCCGAAGGAGGAGCCCAAGCACCCGGAGAAGGAGCAGCAGGAGGGCGUCCCCAACAGCGACGAGGGCUACUGGGACUCCACCACGCCAGGCCCAGAGGAAGACAGCGCCAGCAGCGGGAAGAAGGCGGGCAUCCCCCGGGAUAGCUACAGCGGGGACGCGCUCUACGAUCUCUAUGCUGACCCGGACGCAAGUCCAGCAACCCUUCCUGGGGGGAAGGACAACGAGGAGACGUCCUGCCUGUCCCGGUUAAAGCCCGUAUCUCCAGGCACCAUCACUUGUCCACUGCGAACCCCAGGCAGCUUGUUGAAGGACUCUAAGAUCCCUAUUAGCAUCAAGCACCUGACCAACCUUCCAUCUAGCCAUCCCGUGGUGCACCAGCAACCCUCCAGGAGUGAGAUGCCCAGAACAAAAAUCCCGGUUUCCAAAGUGCUGGUCCGCAGAGUCAGCAACCGGGGCUUGGCUGGGACCACCAUCAGGGCAACGGCCUGCCACGACAGUGCCAAAAAGUUGUGAGGUCUUCCGGGCCAAAGUGGAUGGGCCACAUGUCAAGGAAUACAACUUUUCCCUGGAAACCACUGCAGUUAGUUUUGCUUUUCCUAAAGAAAGUCUUUUAGGACACCACCCGUCCCCGCCUGCUCCAGAGCAUGGACCGAGGAGGUCUCUGUGCCCUCAGCAGGGACAGGAUAACACCAGAAAGAGGGAUGCUACACUUGGGAUUCUCCUCUCAAGAUAAGUCCCUGAGAGUUAUUUUCAAGCACUUUUUUCUUUUUUACCUUUAAGUUUUUCUUCUUUUUUUCUUUAAUAUAGUGAACACUUGGAAGUCACCUUUACUUGCCUUUGCAGAAAACAGGACUUAGCCAAACCUAAAUAAGAGUCAUGCCUGGAUAUUGGGAUGAGCCAGUGUCCGGAGGCCUGAAGGAACCACUGAAGAACCAGAGGAGAUCUCCUCUUCCAAGACAGAUUUCCUUCCUUCCCUUCUUUUCUCUUUCCUUUCCAGGAAAAAAAAAAAAAGAAAAAGGAAAAAAAAGAAAGAACCUUUGCUGUAUCACUGUGUGGAAAACACCUCCAAAGCUGAAAGAGCCAGGUAUUUACCUGAUGAGCAGAGGGGACCAUUGAUUGGCAGAAAACUUCCCUACUUCAGUUGCUAGAUAUGCAAAUUGACAAGUAUCUAACACUAGGAAAAUAAAGGCGAGUUUUGGUUUGGUUGAUUUCAGUAAUUUGUUUGGGGAGAUAUAAAAGGCUCAGGAGAGCAGGCUUUUGCUUUUGUUUGUUUCUUCCCCCACCCAGUGCAGAAAUCAGGAUCAGGGAAAGAUUUUACUAAAUGCCAAUAGAUACAGUAUUUAAGCAUUUAUAAGCUGAAACCUUCUCAUGUGAAGAUAAUGCAUAUUUUACAGUUUAUCCAGCUGUUAACAUUUUGUAAUCGUCAAU